AUGGAUGUAAGUACAGCUAACUCCUGUUUUAGAGUUCCAAGAACAGUCAAAGAAGAUCAGUCUGCUUUAGUCAGUGUUGCUAGACCUAGUGGCACGAAGAACAAACAUAAGUGGAUGGUGGAAAUUCUUCGUGAAUGGCAAAGCACGAGAACAUUGAAACCUCCGGAUUUAGAAGUUGGAAAUGUUUUCAAAGAUUACGAUUUUCACCUCGUGUGUUCUGUCUAGGACAAUCUGUUGCCUAGUCCCUAGGCCUCAUUAUUGUGCGCUGCCGAUGCGUUUCGGGUCACGUGGUCCGAGAAAGUUUCCCGGCCGCUCGUCUCGGAUACGUCAGCGAAAUAAAUUGACCGAGAAGAAGGAAGGCCUGAAAAGACGCCGUACAGGGACUAGUCAAGAAAAUCUGGAGGACAUGGAUGCUUUUAUCGUUCAACUACUGGCUUGCUAAAUUUAUCCAGGAGGUCGCAAAUAAGAAGGGCGGCCGCUGUCCUCCA